ACGCGGCACGCAAUGAGAGGAGCACUGCAGUUACUACUUUUUGUUGGUACAGUCACUCUGGUGGCCAGCAAGCUACAUGAGUCCCCUUACGUUACCGAAUGCUUUGAUGGGCACUACAACUUCAGAGGCGUCUGCUUCCAAUGCACUCCAUGUGGUGACUUCAUGUACGAGCUAGCAAAAUGCACGGAUACUUCAAACACAGUUUGUGGAUGGUGUGGAAACAAACCAAACUUGGACAAAAUUUCUGAUGAAGUGCUUGUCUCUUACCAAACCAAGUGUCUUAUGUCUAGCCUAGAUUUCAUCGGGAUGACCAAACUGAAAGACGAGCUUGUCAAUGUUUUUGAUGAUGAAAAGGAUAGUGAGGAGGUAGAAGAGUUACCAAUUAAAGAUAAUUUCAUCAAAGGUGAAAAUCUUGAGAUGAUUGAUUCAAAUGAGAUCAACUACGAUAUGGCGAGAAACAGUUUAGAAGAUGUGUACGAUAGUCAAGAGCACCAGCUACCAGACCCGACUUAUGAAGAAGGAGAUGAUUCAAGUUCUUCGGAAGAAAUUGGCGAAGAGGAGAAGACUGAUGAAAAUGAGAUUGGAAGCGAAAUUGUUUCGGAAAAAGUCAAAGCUUACAUGAUUGAAAAAAGUGAAAAAGUUCCGUCUUCUGUUAAAAUUGCGAAAGGAAAAACUACAAUUGUUUCUCAUGAGGAAGCCGAGGCCACAUUCCGAGAGAUUGAAGCCCUACCAAACCCUGUGCGCAAAAUCAACCAAGACGAUUAUGACUCCUCUGAAGAGUCAAACGAGCGUGAAAUCAAGUGGGACAAUUGGGUUGAUGAUCAAGUGAAACCAAUCAGAACGAACGUCGAAGUUGUCGAAGCCGAGGAGAUUGAGGAAUUUGACCAGCUCAUCGCAAAGUCGCUCAAAAAUAGAAGAAAGAUCUUGAAUGAUGAGACAGAAAGCUCACCACUAUUCAUUAAAAACUUGGGUUCAGUCUUUGUCAUCUGUAUGGGAAUGAUCAUUGUUGUCACUAUUCUCUCUAUCACAUAUGCUUUGAUGCGUGCGGAAAGAAAGGAAUUCUUGGGCGUCCCCACCGACUCGCAGGACUAUCAUAUGAUCAUUGAUUCCAGCAAUUAUAUCGAGAAGCUUGAAAGCAAGGAAAAACAGGCCAGCCGUCACGUUCAUGUCAACCCAGUUUUCGAUGUUUGAUUAAUUUUAUCUUCUCCGUGAGAAUUAUGAGAAUUAUCUGUUUGUAUAUUUAAUCUUCUUUAUUUUUUUAUUUUUGUAUUUUUUAAAUGUGCAUCCGCAUUUUCCAUUUCAUUUCUUUUUACGUUCUGAAAUAGUAAAUUUAAAAUUUAUGGGAAGAAUGUAUCUUUGAUAAAACCUUUAUUCC